CGAGCCGUUUGCGAGCGUCGAGCCUCUUGCAUUGUUGCUAUUACCAUUAUUGUCGUAGUUCACGAGCAUCGCCGUCGUCGUCGUCGCUAAAGUCAUCAUCGCGAUCCUCGUCGUGCAGUGCAAAAAGGGGGUCCCACGAUAGUGUGUAGUUCCGCGUGUGCACGCGAAUCGUGUUCGGGGGCUCAUUUAGGCCAGCUAUAAACCGAUACCAGAACGUUUUGCCAUUCAGUCAUCUCUCCAACUGCCGAAGCGUACUGAUCUCUCCUGGCUACAAGACCAGAGGACGUCAGCCACAUCAUACCGUUAGUGUUUUUGGUGCUCACCGUGUUGAACCAAGUGUUGUGUACCCUCUGUUGACAGCGAUCUAGUAACCUGCCAGGGAAUCAACGGGAUCCGUUUACUGAUAGUGGAAAAUCGUGCAUUUUCGGUGUUAUUUUUAAGGAUGUCCGUUUUGCGAACACUGGCCCUGCUGACCAUCGGUGCCACCGUGGUACUGGCACAGCGACGGCUCGCUUUGCCUGAUCCUAGGAGUUGUGCCAACCGCGUCCGACACGCAACCUAUCGGGAUGCCCGGGGCGUUGCACAUUCCUACUUCUUCAGUUGGGAGCACACCCCAACGCGCAACCUGGAGGUCGACUGGCUCGAUGCCCGUAACAUCUGCCGUCGCCACUGCAUGGACGCCGUCUCGAUGGAGACACCGCAGGAGAACGAAUUUAUCAAGCAGCGCAUCGCCCGCGGAAAUGUGCGCUACAUUUGGACGUCCGGCCGCAAGUGCAACUUUGCUGGCUGUGACCGCCCAGAUCUGCAGCCACCGAACGAGAACGGAUGGUUCUGGUCUGGUUCGGGAGUCAAGAUUGGUCCGACCACUCAGCGCAACACCGGCGACUGGAGCUAUACCGGAGGAUACGGCCAAGCCCAACCGGAUAACCGUGAGGCGGCUCAGGGUAACGACGAAUCCUGUUUGUCCAUCUUGAACAACUUCUACAAUGACGGUCUGAAAUGGCACGACGUUGCCUGCCAUCAUCUGAAGCCAUUCGUUUGCGAAGACUCCGAUGAACUACUAAACUUUGUUCGCUCCCGCAACCCUGGAAUCCGUCUUUAAAUCGAGGGGAGGAACGUUAAACUUUAAAAAACUAUCAGCAAUUUAACUACCUGAUCUUUAGUCGAACAUGUUUGGCAAAUCCGCAAUCCAAAACAACCCAUUCAAUCCCCAAACCGACAAAAUGUUGCCAAGUCAUUAGGUGCCAGCAAGCUAUUCAACAAAAUCGACAGAAAUUGAAUCAAACAUUCAACUUUCCCAGUUAAAAGCAAUUACAUUCCAUUAAAAAAGAAAAAUAAAUGCUGCUGUGAAAAGUGUUCGAUAUAAAUGGAAACCAUUUGCUUUAAAAUCGUCGAUUAGAGAGCGUUCGAUCAGUCAUUGCUUGCGCGGUUAAUUAAGACUAGGCAACAUUUUUUUAAACCCAACCAUAAAAGAAGCGAAGAAGAAAACGGAAGAAAGAAAAAACAGCAAGAACAACAAAACCAGUACGUUAAACUAAUCGUGUUUUUAUUAUUUAUUGUAUUAUAAUUAUGUUUUAAAGCGAAAGCAAAUCUCAUGAUAAUCUGUGCGAAUUUUCUCUGUACAAAAGAGUUAAGAGAGAAGAGGAAACCGAAAGUUAGGAUGAGGCAGUGGCACUAGAUUUGCGAUAUGUGACCAGGAACCUAUUAUAGUCCACACAUCUGUAUCGCAACGCUAGUGCCAAUGAAUCAGCAUGUUGUACAUUUGUAAGUUUUUGUUUUCUAAUAGGGAAAAUAAAAAGUACUAAAUUAAAUAAAA